GGUUUAUUAGAUAACCUCCAGGUUAGGCGAAUAUCUCCUGCCACGUAGGACUGUGGUCAGUCUCCAAUGAUGUUCCCAAAACAAAAGUGCUCCGCUGGAAUUUGCCAAUUGCUUUAUUCAGAAUCCAGAUUACCUAGCAGAAAGCUGAAGCCGGCGCCCCUUGCUAUUCUCCAUCUGCAAUUCGUCUUUCUUUGUCUUUGCUGCCACUAUCUACAAUCAGAAUGACGCAAAGCAAUCCGAGGGAGGAGGCGCUGCGCCUGAUGGACAAGCGGAAGCUCGUUGAGGCCGAAAUGGACGCUCUGAUGGGGCGCCUUACUGCUCCUGGAAUGCCCGGCCCGGCUGGCAGUCUACUGGACAAGGAGGGCUUCCCACGCGCCGACCUCGACAUCCCAAAGAUCAGGGCCGAUCGACAUCGACUCGCAGUCCUGAAGUAUGACCAUACUAGCCUGACAAAGCAAGUCGAAGAAAAGAUGUACGCUGCGUUUGCAAUCGGGGCGAGGGCCGAGAGCAGAACGCUCCCACAGAAGCGCCCCGCUGAAGGCGCCGAAGACCGCCAAGCACGAACCAGCACUCCUUCCGCAUCUCCGGCCUCUGAGUCCCCUUCCAUUCCGGUGCAAUCAAGCACCGACACGCCAAUGACCGACGCAAACCCUUCCGCAAACCCGCCCGUAAACCCUCCGGCAAGCUCCCCCCCUCUCCGUCCGUUCGCUAUAGUGGAUGAGGUUACUCCGGGUUCCCCGGGAGAUGUGGAUGGUUUAAAACUUGGAGACCAGCUGCUUCGUUUCGGGGGGGUCCAAGCAGAGACGCCGAACGUUCUUCAGGGGGUCGCGGCCGCACUGCAGGGGGGGGCGGGGCAAGCGAUCCCGGUGGAGGUGCUCAGAAGGGGGGAGAAAGUGGCGCUGGCAGUGACCCCCCGGAGUUGGAGCGGACGGGGGCUGCUGGGGUGCCAUAUUCGGCCACUGUGACCAGUGGACUCACUCCCAAGAGAACCAAUAUUCUGGGACUAUGAGUGAUCUUGGCUAAUUGAGCAAUAUUGUCGACAAGGAUAAGCAUACCUGAUAGGAUGAAGUUGUCUGCGAGUAACAUUGAUCCCAUAGGUACGCUUUUGUGGUACUCAAAUGAAGUCGACUGCCAGUGUCUUGCCGGGGCAAUAAAGAAUGUGAUUGCAUGGUGCUUAAGUGUAAUAACGGGCUCCGUGUGAAACAUUUUAGCUUGUACCAAGUCGGCGUUUAGAUGUGACCACUAGCAACUGAGCUCAGGACCGCUGAGAAAGUCAAUGAAUGUGCAGGGCCUUACGAGUCUGGUUUGUCCAAUUUAAAUGUACAUGCCAUAUAUAUUAGGGUCAUGGUAGCUUGUAUCAAC